AUGUGUAUUGUUGCUCUUCAUACUACCACUGGUUCAAAUUGUUGUGAUGCAGCAACUUCAUCUGCAAGAUAUCCGUUCAUUAUGUUGGCGAAUCGAGAUGAAGAAUAUGAUAGACCGACUUCCUCUUCAUUUUCAUUAAUUGAUGAUUGCAUUUGCUGUAUUACUGAUUUGGUGUAUGGAAAUACUUGGAUGGGGAUAAAUAUUGAUAAUGGAAAUAUGGCUAUUCUAACUAACGUGGAUGAUGAUUACUCAACGAACAAACCAACACUAGAAUUGUAUAAUAAGGAUGUAAAUAAUCAAUUAGUAGCAACUGAGGAAUGUGUUACUGAAACUAAAAAACCAGCUAAAAUAAUUAGGAGCAAACUCCUAAUCGAUUUACUAAAGCAUAAUGAUUUGAUGGAUCAUAUUAAUGAAUGCGAGAAGGAUUGGCUAAAAACAAAGGGUUUUAUAAUUAUUUGUGGAAAUUUGUUUGACAUGAAUAAGGACUUGAUUUAUUUUACAAAUAGAAUUUUCGCUAGAAAUGAAAUGGGAAAACCAUUGUCUCAAUGGCCUGAAAAGUUGCAAGACAAACUGAUCAUUCAAAGUUUAGACAAAAAUUCGACUCAUUGUAUUUCAAAUUCAUUUUUAAAUGAUAAUCUGUGGCAAAAAGUAAAAAGCCUUAAAGAGGGAACAAACCAAAUAUGCAAAGAAAUGGUAACAGAUGAUAAAACUCCUGAUCAGGUUGUGGAAACCUUAAGCAGUCUUUUAAAUAUAAGGAAUAUUAACAAAUAUGAGAAUAACUUCAUUUCAAUAGAAGAUGCUCAUUUAUUCACGGAUGAAUAUAUGACACUCCAUAAUUUUAGCGAGGAAUUAGUCGAACUAGUUCAAAAAUAUAGAACAUGUACAGACCUUACUGAGAAGUAUAGUCUUGAAAGGAAGAUUGAUAUUCAUCUUUAUGAUAGAAGCACUAUUAACGAAGUGUUUGUACACUACAAGUCCAGAUUUACAAACUGGAAGUCUAAAAGUCAAUCCAUUGUAAUAGUUGAUGCUUUUGAGAAGAAGGUGUACUUUUAUUUCAGAGAUGUGAACGAUUAUUCAACAAUGGAUGAAGAUUUAAACAAAAAAUUGAAUUGGAUAUGUAAGGAAAUUGAUUUCAAGAAUUAA